AUGUUCGAACUUCUGUGGCGUACCGUGGAAGGCCGAUUGUGCAACAAGCUGUCUAUGCAGGUACAGUAGGAGGUGGUGUUUACAGUUUGGCCCGGUUCCAGGAAACAGUAAUGCAUGAAUCCCACGUUGCGCCAUCAAAAAUUGACCGUCACCGUCUUCUAGAGGAACUCAGACUUUGGGACGUGCUGUGGUGGUACCCCGGAUGACCACCUUUGAGAAAAUCUUGCCUAGGUGUCGUAGUUGAUUCACAUUUUGUCACAAGCUAUGAUACGAUCCAGAAAAGCAGGAUCUUAGGCUCGGUAAAGCAAAAAAGCGAAGCCUUCAUUCUGGGCCUUGGUCCAAUAAUAUGGGAAGAAUUCGUCGAGCUUUUUCUUGAAUUUAUCGACAUUGCACUGUUAUCCACCGAUAAUUUUGAUACCACCACAAUGCCGGAAAGGCAUCGGACGUGGAUUCCAUGACUUCCGUCGACCAAUGACCUCAGGGUAAAUUCGCAAAGCUGGCAUGACGUGUUUUUCCUUCGGGGUUCCUGUGGCUAGGUCGAAUUUUUUUAAACGCUCGUUUCACCGUGGCCGGACUCACAGCACACUGGCCGAACAUGGCGUUGAUAUUUGGUGUAACUUCUAAAACCUUCGUACCCUGUUUUUGCUCCCACAAGUUGAUGGCACAAAUCGUCCCUUUUUCCGAAAUUUUGAAGUGGGGCUAAAUUACUGUAAUUUCAUCGAAAUAUGGCAGAUGACAUAUUAAACAAAAGCUUGAAAUCAUGGCUACAAAAUGCUAGAAUAUUACGAAAUUUGGUUGUUGCUUACGUUUUUUAUAGACCUUUGACUUGACCCCUCUCGAAGAGGGACAUUAUUUAUGGGACAACCUAAUAAUUUCAAGACUUUAUAAUUCUGACGAGGUUAGUUGAUUGGGAAUUAAAAAUGUAAACAACGGUAUUUUGGCCAGCUUACAUUUCCUCGAACACCCAAAUUUUAUGGGUUCCCCACCACUAAAAUUAUAAUGGCUUUUCCUGAGUGAAGUUAGUACUCUUUUUUGCGCCAUUCGCUCCUCUUUUCCCCUCAGGGCCCGAACUCGAGGGCGAGAGAAAAUGAAGGAUUCAAAGGGGGCUUUCUCAGCUUUCGGCCGCCUCAAAAUGGCCCCAAAAAAGUAGUUGUUAUUUAUUGGGGGCCUGAUUGAUUGUUUAUGGAAUUUAAGAAAAAUUUUUUACGUUUCAGUUGGUUCGUUUAUUUUACUGACUUCUUGCAGAAGAAAUUUUUCAAAUUUUUAGGAUUUUUCGAAAAUUUACGGACUUUUUCCUGCUUAUAAUCCUGUUUUUUGACAAGGGAUGCUUUUAAAGUAAUAUUAAAAUUACUUUAUAGCCAAUAUAAUUUGUAAAUUCACCAUUUCCUCUCCAAAUAAUCUUUGUUCAGCUGCAUUUACGACGAUUUUUCCACGAGUACCACUAUUUUUUAUCGUGUUUCCUCAUUUCCCCUAAAACUUUAGAGAAAAGCACUACCAGAAACGGAGAUGAUUCGGUGCCAGAAUCCGUAAUGGAUUCCCAUCUGGCCAUAAAACCUCCAAACUUGUGAGUUCUUAGAGAAUAAGCGCCUUAAUUUCAUACGGUAAAGUUCUUGAAGAGGCUUAAUUUUGUUGUUUGUUUAUCACUUUUGGGAUAAAGAUUUGUUUUUCGGCCAAAAAUUGAUGACAUAAAUUUCUGGUAUUCAAGGAGAGCCUUUGAAUAUUAAUCAGUAAAUAGUAAUAUAAAAUCAAAGUUUUGGAUUAUGAAAACCUUUUGCAAGGGUUCUACAGGUGCUUUUUUCAGAGUUUAUAAAGUUUAUUCCAGGGUUUGGAAUUAAGUUUUCAAGAAUUUUAAGUUACACUUGACAAACCUAAAUUUCACUACCUUUAUGACCAGUUUUGACUUUUCAAUUUCACGAAUUUCAGAGCUUCUGCCGUCCUAAAACGAUGAUAAGUGUGACUGCAGCCGCCCAUUCCUUCCACCGUCCCUCCCGAUCCCUGGGAACUCAUCUCAAAGCCUAUGGAAGCGGUAGAAUUGCUCUGAAUGCCUCAAAUUCAGAGUCAAAUCAUCCUCAAAUCCACCAACCAGGGUUACUGUACGUUUUCAGAAAUCGUUAAAAGGCUCAGAUCUAGAAAGAAAGUGAUCUUCAAAUUGUGGCAUCUGCUCGUUAAUUUAUUCAAAAACUUUUGUCCUUUUGUCAAGUUUCUGGUGGAUGUUGAGGAAAGCGAGGAAUUGAUCAAGAAGAAGAGAAGAAGGAAAGCCAAAGGGAACUCCAUUUUUGAUAAAUUGGAGGAUGACGUCAUCCUAAAGAUAUUCAAAUUUGUGGAUGGAGAGAGUGUUUUGAACUUGGAAAGGACUUGUUCCAAAUUGAAUAAGCUGAUCAGAGAGCAUUGCGAUGAUCUACCGAAAAUUCAGAAAGAUCAGGCAAGUGUAAUUUUUGAAUAAUUAAAUUUGGAAGGCGAAAGUCUGCGUGCUAUGCCUGGAGAAACUCCGCAAGGAAUCACUGUUUAAUUAAUAACAAAUAAAUACAUGAUUUAUAGAUCAAGCUCUACUUUGAUGAAGGGGAAGUCAUCGUUUCUCCGGUGGAUGAAAGAAAAGUUCCGUCCAGAUACACAAUGGUUCCAAUUGAAGUAAGAACCGCCUAGAUGGCCUCACAAUUCAACACAUUGUAUUUUCAGUCGCUUUCCAAUUACCUCCGCCAUUUGUCGACCUUAUCUCUGUUUAUCCGAGGUCUCAUCCCGGCCGAGACCAUUCCCGUGCUCCGACGGCUAGCCAGGUAUCGCCUAGACUUUAGCCAGAUAUACUUUUUAUGGUGCGAAUUGGAUGUGGAUGCUGAUGAAUACGUAAGGACAUAUGAACAAAGAAUAUUACAUCUGAAGGCAAACCUUCGUAAACCAAUCGGAAUUAGAAAAAAAAUGUUAUAAAUAGAAUCUCCGUUGUCUGGAGUUUAAUUUUGACCUAAAAUUUUAGGGCCAAGGUCCCUGAAAUUGUUCGUUAUAGACGGGUUUUCAGUGCACGGAGGUUCCAUUGCAUAUGAUCCGCUCUUCCUUAACACCUCUCUUUUUCAGCUCAAAGGUCUUUUCCUUUCGAAUUCCGAUACCUUAUCAGAUAUUGGCCUGGAAUCUUGUUCUCCAACCCAGCUGAUUUCCGACUCUUUAAUUGCCGGCAAUCUCCAAAAACUGGUCUCAUUGAGAAUAUGGCAUGACAGUUCAGGACAUGUCUAUCCGAUUACUGAUAGAACUCUGUUCAAAUUAGUGGAGUAAGUGAAUCAAAUUGUCAAUGCCUACUGUAAAUUGCUAUUUUUUAGACUAAUGAAGAAAUCAAACUCCCCAUUAGAAACUUUUGAUCUGAAUUCUUGUCGAGUGACCGUAAUUGGAGUGACCAGUCUGAUCGAAGCUUGGUAUAAUGAACCACUUGUCCGAGGGAAUUUGUGUUUGAGCUUGAGGAAUUGUGGAUUCAGCCAAUACGACCUGAUGGAGCAAUGUAGAAAUCACAACAUUCCCAUUGAUAUUACCGGGCUUUUGGAGAAGGACGAGGGAAGUCUUACUGUAAAUGUGAAUUGA